AUGGGUCAUCAGAGCACGGGUCGUCAUACAUAUGUCUACGUGUCCCGUUUCUACGUGUCCCGUUUCUACGUGUCCCGUUUCUACGUGUCCCGUUUCUACGUGUCCCGUUUCUGCGUGUCCCGUUUCUGCGUGUCCCGUUUCUGCGUGUCCCGUUUCUGCGUGUCCCGUUUCUGCGUGUCCCGUUUCUGCGUGUCCCGUUUCUGCGUGUCCCGUUUCUGCGUGUCCCGUUUCUGCGUGUCCCGUUUCUGCGUGUCCCGUUUCUGCGUGUCCCGUUUCUGCGUGUCCCGUUUCUGCGUGUCCCGUUUCUGCGUGUCCCGUUUCUGCGUGUCCCGUUUCUGCGUGUCCCGUUUCUGCGUGUCCCGUUUCUGCGUGUCCCGUUUCUGCGUGUCCCGUUUCUGCGUGUCCCGUUUCUGCGUGUCCCGUUUCUGCGUGUCCCGUUUCUGCGUGUCCCGUUUCUGCGUGUCCCGUUUCUGCGUGUCCCGUUUCUGCGUGUCCCGUUUCUGCGUGUCCCGUUUCUGCGUGUCCCGUUUCUGCGUGUCCCGUUUCUGCGUGUCCCGUUUCUGCGUGUCCCGUUUCUGCGUGUCCCGUUUCUGCGUGUCCCGUUUCUGCGUGUCCCGUUUCUGCGUGUCCCGUUUCUGCGUGUCCCGUUUCUGCGUGUCCCGUUUCUGCGUGUCCCGUUUCUGCGUGUCCCGUUUCUGCGUGUCCCGUUUCUGCGUGUCCCGUUUCUGCGUGUCCCGUUUCUGCGUGUCCC